AUGUCCUCCCCCUCCCCCUCCUCCCCAACUCCUUCCCCGCCGACGCCCUACAAGGACCACCCACUCGAUGCGCUAGAGCGACGGCCGCUGACGAAAGUCCCUCCAUGGAUCCCUGUAUCUGCCUUCAUAGGCACCAGCCUGGCGAUUGCGAUCCCGCUCCUUGUGCUCCGUCGACAACGUGCUUCGUUCAAGCGUCUCUCGUUAUCCUCCUCUUCAGCCGCACCUCCACCUCGGCGUGGCCCCGCUACUGGCUCCCGGACCUCCUCACUACCCAGGACCUCAGGAUCGACACUGGAGCACAGCACUCUUCAACGCGAAGUCCCCAUCUUCGCCGAAUCCGAGCCCGACCGCACAUCACCCAGCAUGGGCGAGAUGGUGUCUGCUUUAUCAAAACUUAACGCGUCGACGGCGUGGAUGGCCGCCAAGGCCUUCACGAUCGCCACGGGCCUCGUAACGGUGGGUGGUGUGGUGCUGGCGUGGGGUGUGAAAGAGGGCAUGGGGGUGCGGGAUGCAAGAGAAUUCGGCCAGCGCAUGCGCCAUAUCCUCUACACGACCCUACCCUCCCUGUCCACGCGCAUACACCGGCCCCCCGAAACAGACGAAGAGCGCCAUGACGUCCAUUCCCUCGCUCCAUUCGGUAUUGAGCAGGAGUGGAGCUGGGAGGACGCGGAGAGGCGGAUGAACCGAGCAUACGAGGAGGGCGGUUUCACACUAUGGGCACAGACGGCGCUAAGAGAGAUCGAGGCGGAGGCAAGGGUUGAGCGGGCGAAGAUGGAGAAGGAACUGGAUGAAAGGACGAAGAGCUAG